AUGUCAUCAGGAUUUAAAGUAGAAACAAUCUCAGGUGGAAAUGGUCAAAAACCAUCAGCAGGUCAACGUGUUCGUGUUCAUUAUACAGGAACAUUAACCAAUGGAAAGAAAUUUGAUUCAUCGCGUGAUCGUAAUCGACCAUUUGAAUUCAAUCUUGGCAAGGGAGAGGUUAUUAAAGGAUGGGAUUUAGGUGUUGCUCAAAUGUCAAAAGGCGAACGUGCUACAAUUACAUGCCCACCUGAUUAUGCUUAUGGCAACGAAAGUGUUGGCAAUGGAUUAAUUCCAGCUAAAUCUACAUUGAUUUUCGAUGUCGAAUUAAUUGACUUUAAAUGA